AUGAGUUUUCCGAUGACUAACAUAUCUGUGCCUCCCGUUCCCCUCUCAAUGGCGCCGUUAGGCUGGAAACAGGGCGACGAGGAGGAGAAGUGGGCGGAGAAAGCGGUCGACUCGUUGGUGAAGAAGCUGAAGAAGAAGAAGGGAGCGGUCGAGGAGUUGGAGCGGGCGCUCAGCCAACCCGGACAGCCAUCGAAAUGCGUGACAAUCCCCCGUUCGCUGGACGGCCGGCUACAGGUGUCCCACCGGAAAGGCCUGCCGCACGUGAUCUACUGUCGCGUGUGGCGGUGGCCGGACCUCCAGUCCCACCACGAGCUCAAGCCCUUAGAGCACUGCGAGUAUCCGUUUUCGGCCAAACAGAAGGAGGUGUGCAUUAAUCCCUACCAUUACAAGCGCGUGGAGAGCCCCGUGUUGCCGCCGGUUCUCGUGCCCAGACAUUCGGAGUACCCCUCGUCGAUGAAUAUACCGCAGGCGCCCACCUUUCAUCCGACACCACCGCCGGCCUACUCGCCCCGCGAUGACAACGCCAUGAGUAGCGACAACUCGAUGGACACGACGGAUAUGCCACCCGAUGUGCAACAGAUUGCAUACCAGGAGCCGCAGUUCUGGUGCUCUAUAGCCUACUACGAGCUGAACUCGAGGGUCGGGGAGGUAUUCCACGCGCAGACCAACUCCAUAGUGAUCGACGGCUUCACCGAUCCGUCCAAUAAUAACAAUCGCUUCUGUUUGGGGCUCCUGUCGAACGUCAAUAGGAACUCCACUAUCGAGAACACCCGCAGACAUAUUGGCAAAGGUGUGCACCUGUACUACGUGGGCGGCGAGGUGUUCGCGGAAUGCCUGUCGGAUUCGGCUAUUUUCGUGCAGUCCCGCAACUGUAACCACUCUCACGGCUUCCACCCGACCACCGUCUGUAAGAUACCGUCCGGUUGUACGCUCAAGAUAUUCAAUAACGCCGAGUUCGCCAGUUUGUUGACACAGGCUGUCAAUCAAGGUGUGCACCUGUACUACGUGGGCGGCGAGGUGUUCGCGGAAUGCCUGUCGGAUUCGGCGAUUUUCGUGCAAUCCCGCAACUGUAACCACUCGCACGGCUUCCACCCGACCACUGUUUGUAAGAUACCGUCCGGUUGUACGCUCAAGAUAUUCAAUAACGCGGAGUUCGCCAGUUUGCUGACACAGGCUGUCAAUCAAGGCUUCGAGUCGGUGUACGAGUUGACCAAAAUGUGCACAAUUCGCAUGUCGUUCGUGAAGGGGUGGGGCGCUGAGUACCACCGCCAGGACGUGACCUCCACGCCCUGUUGGAUAGAGAUCCACCUGCACGGGGCCCUCCACUGGCUCGACAAAGUGCUCACCCAAAUGGGUAGCCCCCAGAACCCCAUCUCCAGCGUCUCAUAACCACUACGACUACUGUAUAGUCUAUCAGUGUUUGUGUUAUAUAUUAUGUGUGUUUUUGGUGGACAGACACCAAAAGCUAUUCAUUCAAACACUACCCGUUCAUUACAAGCAGGUGUCUGUCGGUGCCAUACAUUUAGCUAAUUAUGUAGCCAUACAUACAUUACCCGCUCAGUGUUUAUAUGAAUACCAUAUUUUCAGUCUCUAUUUGCUCUCAGCCCCUACACCUACAUCUCCCUGGAGUUUAGCUAAUACUACACUAGUUUGCAAUAUAAAUACAACGCUAUUAUUAUAAUGAUUAUAUAAUUUGAUUAUUUUUUUGAUAGCAAUCAUUGAGUUUAUUGUUUUGUAUAUUUAUGAUGA